CCUCGGCGGCAGAGGAGACUCGGGGGCCAUUUUGUGAAGAGGCGAAGACUGAGCGGUUGCGGCGGUGUUGCCGACCUCGAGCAGCAGUCCGCUUCUCCACGUAGAACCCGGGAGUAGGAGAUUCAGAAUCGAAUCUCUUCUCCCUCCCCCCUCCUGGUUACAAAUCACUUGAAAUAUAUAAGUUAGUGGAGCUUGCUUGAGUGAGAUUUUUUUGAUCUUCAGCUACAUUUUUCGGCUUUGUGAAUUACCUUAUCAUCAAAGACAAUGGCCAGCAACGUUACCAACAAGACAGAUCCUCGCUCCAUGAAUUCCCGUGUAUUCAUUGGGAAUCUCAAUACUCUUGUGGUCAAGAAAUCUGAUGUGGAGGCAAUCUUCAAAUAUGGCAAAAUCGUGGGUUGCUCUGUUCAUAAGGGCUUUGCCUUCGUUCAGUACGUUAAUGAGAGAAAUGCUCGAGCUGCUGUUGCAGGAGAGGAUGGCCGAAUGAUUGCUGGCCAGGUUUUAGAUAUUAAUCUGGCUGCAGAGCCAAUGAACCGAGGAAAGGCAGGUGUGAAACGAUCUGCAGCGGAGAUGUACGGCUCCUCUUUUGACUUGGACUAUGACUUUCAACGGGAUUAUUAUGACAGGAUGUACAGUUACCCAGCACGUGUUCCUCCUCCUCCUCCUAUUGCUCGGGCUGUAGUGCCCUCAAAACGCCAGCGUGUAUCAGGAAACACCUCACGAAGGGGCAAAAGUGGCUUCAAUUCUAAGAGUGGACAGCGGGGAUCAUCUUCUAAGUCUGGAAAGUUAAAAGGAGAUGACCUUCAGGCCAUUAAGAAGGAGUUGACCCAGAUAAAACAAAAAGUGGAUUCUCUACUGGAAAGCCUGGAAAAAAUCGAAAAGGAACAGAGCAAACAAGGAGUAGAGAUGAAGAAUGAUAAGUCAGAAGAGGAGCAGAGCAGCAGCUCCCAGAAGAAAGAUGAGACUAAUGUGAAGAUGGAGUCUGAGGGGGGUGCAGAUGACUCUGCUGAGGAGGGGGACCUACUGGAUGAUGAUGAUAAUGAAGAUCGGGGGGAUGACCAGCUGGAGUUGAUCAAGGAUGAUGAAAAAGAGGCUGAGGAAGGAGAGGAUGACAGAGACAGCGCCAAUGGCGAGGAUGACUCUUAAGCACAUAGUGGGGUUUAGAAAUCUUGUCCCAUUAUUUCUUUACCUAGGCGCUUGUCUAAGAUCAAAAUUUUCACCAGAUCCUCUCCCCUAGUAUCUUCAGCACAUGCUCACUGUUCUCCCCAUCCUUGUCCUUCCCAUGUUCAUUAAUUCAUAUUGCCCUGCGCCUAGUCCCAUUUUCACUUCUUUGACGCUCCUGGUAGUUAUGUUAAGUCUUACCCUGUAAUUUUUGCUUUUAAUUUUGAUACCUCUUUAUGACUUAACAAUAAAAAGGAUGUAUCGUUUUUA